CCAGCACCAGACCGACACACAGCCAUCAGUAGCGAACCCCAGCACCGAAGGAUGAUAUCUAACCCCAUUACUUUGUGCUGAAAACGCCUUUAUCGAAAUAUGGCAGAAGCACACGAUGCACCUCGCUCUUCUGAGGCUUCAUUCGAGUCUCAAACACUUCUCAGAGAUUUUCUGGCUUCAUUGUACUCCAAAUACUCCUGGCUGAAGGAAUUUUCGUCGGAACUCUCUACGGCUUCUACUCACCAGGACGAUAUUUUCACCAGGCCUCCUCUCAGUCAUUCUGUGCGAAACCUAGACGAGGCAGCUAUGAAAAUAGAGGCUGAUAUCAAUAUAGCCCGCCGUGCACUUGAUUAUCUGGAGCGCCACGCCAAGAACCCCUUCCCUGGGCUGGAGUGGCCUUUUCUCAAGCACCCUCGCUCAAAACUGUCAAAUAGUCUCGAGCUGACCUCUCUGUUAUUGGCAACGGCACUGGGAACAGAUUCAAAUGAUACUGGAAGGACCGAAUCCUGUCCUCCUGGCGCGCUCCAGUCGCUCAAUAUUCUGAUUUCUAACUCCGGCUGCACCCUCACGAAGCUCACCCUUGCCCGCGCCCAUCUGAAUGACGGCCUCGUAGACAUUCUGAGAUGGUUGCGGACGCUCUGCGAGUUGGAGAUCAUGAUCAAGGCAUGGACGGUGAUGGACGGUGAUGUGCUCCAUGCUGUUGUAUCCUCCUUGGCAGAGGUCGAUGAUCAUGGACGAUACUGUGUUGUUCCUCACCUCCGCUCCCUAUCUAUUGAAGCAUGGGGCUUCAUGUCUGACACGGCGACAUUUUUUGACCUGGAUUUCGUUGAGAUGAUCUCCUCUAGAGUGAGAAUGGCCGAGUCGUGUCUCCAUUGUACUCGAAGAACGGCUGGGGUGGUCUUUGACCGGUAG